AUGUCUUCGAUAAAGCUCAAGUACCUACUACAAUUUCUACUACCCAAGCACCAAACGAUGUGGACUUCGCAGCUUCUGAGAAAGAGAGUCGCCGGGAAGAAGAAUGACCAUUGCCACUUCAAGAACGAAAGACUUCCUACAAAUCUUCCACACCCCAUCCGUGCAUUCGAUCCCUCCUGGCACCAGCUGUACAACGAUCGCAUUUCCGAUGUCAUCGCGGCAUGUCCAGGUUGCGGUGAUAAUAAAAUCAAGAUCUCGCCCUGUCCAGAACGGUGCCUUAAAGAAGUCGAUGGCCAAUCUGUGGUGGUCUCCAUCGAUGGUGCUUGUAGGGAUAAUGGUAGACGCGGCGCUCGAGGCUCGAUUGGAGUAUUCUUUGGGCCUGGCGCAUCGAAGAACUAUUACGAACUUCUUCGCCCGUCUCUGCCUCAAACGAAUCAGGUUGCUGAGCUACGCGCUUCCCCGGACGGUGAAAAGCACGAUGAAAAUGUCUGUAAACUUCUGGUUAUCACAGAUUCGGCAUAUCUGGUCAACGGCAUCUCCGAGUAUAUCUGGAAGUGGAAGACAAAUGGAUUCCGUAACUCAAAGGGUCAGCCAGUCGCCAAUCGGGAAAUCUGGGAGGAGCUUGAUGGAUUGAUGGGGGAGUUCGAAGCAUAUGGUAUCCCUGUCUGGUUCUGGCACGUCAAGAGAGAGUUGAAUCAGGAUGCGGAUCGGUUAGCAAACGCGGCUUUCGAUGAGGCUUGA